AUGGACUACCACUAUAACACCAAUUACACCUCACCGAGCGACGAAUCCGAUCAGGACCUAUCGGAUGCUUCCGACAGCUAUGAGGAAGGGUUCGAUUUCAACAUGCGGCUGCAGCAGUGCCUUGAUAAUGUCCAACAUGAAGGAACAUUCUCCACAUUCCAUACCCUCAAAGCCUACACUAAUCCCGCUCUUCAUCUCAACGGGUACGGCUCCGUGGGCCUGCCGCUCGCCGUUCGCGAUGCAGAGGCCAUCACACGCAUCUGCAAGCAAUCGCCGUUUGGCAAGGGCGACCAAACAAUCAUCGACACGUCCGUCAGGAAGACUUGGGAACUGGACGCUGCCGAAUUUCAAUGUCGGAAUCCAGCUUGGACAGCGUACCUCGAUUCGCUCGUGGGGCAGGCGGUAAAGGACCUUGGUGUGCAGGUCGAAACCCGAGCGCAGCUGUACAAGUUGCUGCUCUACGAAGAAGGCGCUUUCUUCAAAGCUCAUAAGGACAGCGAGAAGGUUCCAGGAAUGUUCGGCACUCUCGUCAUCUGCCUACCUUCGGAGCAUACCGGAGGCGAGGUCUAUCUUGUUCAUGACAAGAAGAAACGCACUUUAGAGACAGCGCCGAGCUCCGCUUUCGAUAUUUCCAUGCUGGCCUGGUACUCCGACGUCUCGCACGAAGUUCGACCUAUCAGCUCCGGCUACCGCUUGGUUCUGACGUACAAUCUGGUGCAGGACCAGGGGAUGCCGAAGCAGUCUGCCGGGGCUCUGGAUGAAUACCACGCCCGUUUAGAGCGGCUACUCAAGACCUGGAACAGGGAUUAUCGUCAAUUCGAGAAAUUCAUCUACCCGCUCGAACAUCAAUACACCAAAGCCAACCUCUCCCUCGCGAGCUUGAAGGGGCAUGAUGCCGCCAAAGGGCGGUUUCUUCAACGUCUUUGCGCCAAGAACGGGUUCUAUUGGCUUCUCGGAAGGAUGACCAAGCAGUCUGAGGACGAGGACUAUGGGGAAGAGUCUGAUUCGUUGGACCUAGACUACACUGUCACCCCGACCGGGAUGGACCUCAACUUGGGCCUCUUGACCGUUGAAGACGUGGAGAUCCUUGCAGACGUGGAGGAUCUAUACGGAAACCGGGACGUCGAUAGCGAGGAUGAGGGCGAAUAUAUGGGAAAUGAGUCUAUGCCUGCGGCAUAUCGGUAUCACGACACGGUUUUUAUUCUUAUGCGAAAAGAGAGCGUGCUACGUCGGUUCCGAUCCUGCGAGACCCACAACGUCCACUCGCUCCGAGCAUUUUUCGAACUUCUCCGAGACGAUCAUACACCCAACAACGAAACCACCAAACUUGUUGUGGACGCAAUGAGAAUACUACUGACCAAAAUCGUCACAGGCCUCGCGUCUAAGGCGAAUAACUAUGACAAUAGUUAUUAUAGUUAUGGCUACCUGGGUUACGGAGCAGAACGCGAACGUAUCCGCGCAGACCUUAGUCGGAUAUUCUCUUUGGUUGCCAGCCACUGCUAUAUCAUCGGCCAACAGGAUCUUGUCCGCGAAGCCCUGCAGAGGGUUAUGCAAGACCCGUCCUGGUCUUCAUCAAGCGAGCUCGUUCGCAUUGCCGCGGACUGCAUAGGGCGCGAAGCAGCAAUCGGCGGUGCAGACACUUGGUCCAAGUGGCUUUCUCUUCCCCCGCCGCGAGUCCCCACUUUCAAAUACGCGAACGACAUGCGAAUAACAUUCGAGACAAUUAGGUCGCAUGUGCCUGGUUCGCACGUCCUCUCAUUCAAUGAGUGGACAAAUGAUCGCGUGGGCGAGAUAGUUCGUUCCAUCAGUGACUACUCGAAGGCGGAUAAUGCGGCAUUGCUGGAGCUUAUAGCAACCAUGGGUCAAGCGAAGUAUUUCACAGAAAUCCUUCCAAAACUGAUCUCACAUCCUCACCGGGCUGGCGUCAUCGCAUUCUUGCAGCAGCUCGCCAAAUCCUUUGAAGAAGAUACCACGGCCAAGAAAGACAUCGUAAAGCCAACGUUUCAAGCUCUAAUAUCCAUCGACCCGCCUCUUCUCAGACUGACUAUUUCGGAUAUCGUUAGAAAGACGUCACCCUACCGUAACGGCAUCUAUCUGGGGUAUGGUAUCCCUGCGCCUACCGACAUGUCUGAUGUCCUUCCUGAAGACUUUCUCAUGAUACUCAAGCACAGCCUUAUUCUUGAACUUAAUGAGGUAGCCGUGCAGCUUCUUGCCCGGGGAUUACCGGACACACCAGAUCCCGCGUCAAUAAUUUGGGAUGGUUGGAAGGAAAUAUUCGACUUCGUUGGCAGACUUAUUAUAGUGCUCAAGGACUGCACCGACCCCUCCGUCCAAGAAGCAGCAAGAACCUGGAUCAUUCCCACUCUUCAACAGGCUGCUCUUUGGCUGGCGAGGCGCCGUCCAGUCGAACCAAAAAACUGGACGCGCAAGCGGAAAGACUCCUGCAACUGCAGUCCAUGCCAGGAGCUCCUUCGGUUCCUGAAGAAUCCAUCUCAGUCCGUGGCACGAUUCUCAUAUGCCGAUAGGACUCGCAAGCAUCUACAGAACUCGCUCGAGUAUAAUGACUACAAAUUCGAUACGGAACGAACCAGGAUCCCGUACACGUUGGUCGUCUACAAGACCAAGAACGAGUUUUUAAGGCUCGAUGCCCGAUGGAAGUCUGAUGUUGCGGAGAUGCGAUCGCACUUGCAGCGCUUGAGGGGCAACUCUGGCAACCGGAAUGUGCUCGGUGAAGAGAUGGCGAGAUUGGUGGAUAUUGAGAGUCUGAUUCUGAUCCGGGGAGCGCAGCCCGUCCAACCACUCCAACCACUCCAACCUACAUCGGCCUCAAUGCAGAAUUUCGGGCAGCCGGCUUCGGGGGCUGUGGAAAAGCGCAAAGCGGAUAUCGUGGAUUUGACGGGUGAUGCCUCUGACUGA